UCUACUUCCCUCACUCUGACAACUUACUUCUGGUUUUCAGUACUUCAUAAGAGUGCUGUUUCCAUUGCUUGUCAGUCACUGACUGAGUCAGUCAGUCAUUCUCCUCAGUCUAAGACUCUUUUCUUCCCUCCAAGCGCAGUACAUGCCUCCGAAGGUUUCCCUCCUAUUUUCAGCUUCCAUCCUCGCUCGCUCCCUACACCAGCGGCUUGUCCGCUCCAUAAAAUGGCGGAGUCCACCGUCCCCGAGCCCACGGGCCGCUCCUCUGUCCCCGAGCACAGUCUGACCGACAAGACGAAACAUGCGGACCUGGAGAGCCAGAAAUUACAGCCCGGGUCGAGCUCGGACUCUGAAGGGGAAGUGGGCAGACAAAUUCAGAUGGAGGCAGAGAACUCGAUCAAGUAUCGCACAUGUAGUUGGCAAAAGACGGCGGCGCUGCUCUUCUCCGAGUACAUCUGUCUGGCUAUCAUGUCGUUUCCCUGGUCCUACUCCGUUCUGGGGUUAGUACCUGGGUUGAUCCUGACAGUGUUUAUUGCCAUGACUGUGCUGUAUACUUCAUUGAUCAUCUGGCGUUUCUGUUUGCGACAUCCUCACGUACGCGAUGUGUGCGACAUUGGACAGAUGAUUUUCUGGGAUUCGAAGGUGGUCUGGUACUUGACGGCUGUCAUGUUCCUGCUGAACAACACCUUCAUUCAGGGCCUCCAUUGUCUCGUUGGCGCAGAAUAUCUCAAUACGAUCACUGGACAUGGAGCCUGUACAAUCGUCUUCUCCGUUGUGACAGCGGUCAUCUCAUUCGUUUGUUCCCUCCCGCGGACCUUCGACGCGCUCUCCAAGGUGGCCACCCUCUCCGCGUUCACCACUUUUAUCUCCGUCAUGCUCGCCCUUAUCUUCUCCGCCAUCGAAGACCACCCGGCUGGCUACACUCCGGCCAAGGGCGACCCCAUCGUGACCGCUGUACCUGUGGCCGGUACAACCUUCGUCUCGGGCGUCAGCGCAUUCCUCAACAUCAGCUACACCUUCAUCGGCCAGAUCACGCUUCCGAGCUUCAUCGCUGAGAUGCGCGAGCCCAAGGACUUCUGGAAGUCCGUCACCGCCGUCACCAUCGCCGAGAUCAUCGUUUUCUCCCUCGUCGGCGCCAUCGUGUACGCCUACACCGGUAACCAAUACAUCACCUCGCCCGCGUUCGGCUCCCUCGGCAACGAGACUUACAAGAAGGUCUCCUUCUCCUUCAUGAUCCCCACACUCGUGUUUCUGGGCGUCUUGUACGCCUCCGUCUCCGCCCGCUUCCUCUUCUUCCGCCUCUUCGACGGCACCCGCCACAAGGGCAACCACACCGUCGUCGGCUGGGCCGCCUGGGCCGGGAUUCUGUGUUGUCUGUGGAUCGCCGCCUUCAUUAUCGCAGAGGUCAUCCCCUUCUUCUCCGAUCUGGAGUCCAUCAUGAGCGCCCUGUUCGAUUCGUUCUUCGGGUUCAUCUUCUGGGGUACGGCGUACCUGCGCAUGCGCCGCGAGGAAUACGGGCCGGGAUUCUAUAUGAAUCGUGGGUGGAAGGGCUGGUUGGGUUUUAUUGUGAACGUCGGGUUAAUUCUCGCGGGGUUGUUCUUCUUGGGACCGGGUACUUAUGUAGGUUCAUAUCCUCCUGCCUCCCCCUCUUUUUUUCUCGUCCCUCCUUUGCCCCGUCCUUGGAAGCGCGCAGUUCAUCACCCAUCACGCCUAUUCUCCGCAGAAGAAAAACUAACACUCGAACAGGCCUCCAUCGAAAGUGUGAUCAUCAGCUACCGAGAAGGAACAGUCGGGAGUCCAUUCUCAUGUGCGGACACAGGCUUGUAAAAAUAUAGCAGAAAGCGGAUGCAAAGAUGCAGAGAUGCCGAAAUGCUGAAGCCAACCCAACAUGAACCUUUUUUUUGUGAAGCUACUUCCACCCUUGAGUGGGUUACGACCUGAUUCACCAGCCGCCCGCCCCCCCUCCCCCA